UUAUUUAGCUGAGUCCUAUUUAGCUCAAGCACCUCUUGGGUAUUAACAGCUUGGGCUGCAGGACGGGCUGCACAUAGAUAGUUUGUGGAAGGAGAGUAGAGUCCAUUCGGUGGAAGGAAGGACGGAUCCACAGAUGAUGUAUCUAGAACCUGAGUUCAUCAAAUGUCCUUUGACUCCACUCACACUGACGGAGCUGAAAGACCUCCGGAGAGGACCUUUCCCUCAGGAGGAAUCCCAAGCGCCCAAUGACCGAGCCGAGUCUACUCGGAUGCAAUCAGCAAGAGGGUUUAUUGGAAAACACAGGUACCUGCGGGCACACAGUCUCUUCAGAGGACUUGUGCGCCCAGCAGCUCCAGCAUGGGGCUUUUAUAGGGUUUGGGGAAGCAGAAGCGGGCGUACAGAAGCAGAUGCAUAGUUACGGGGAUUGGUGGAUUCAAACGAGGCACAUAGACAUGUUCACAUAUGAUUGGCUAUUUCACAUGAUGAGGUAAUAAGGUAUAGCUACACACAUUGGCAGGUUUGGGGCGUCCUGAAUGUCGGGGGCUGGGGACUUAUCUCUUCCUGCCAGGUGGCCUGUGAGUCAGAUCUGGUACUCCUGGUCUGUUCUACAUUCCUUUUCUUUUAUGGUCUGUUAGUUCUAGCGGCAGGGAGGGGCUGCCUGGACUUGCUUUUCACAGUGUUUAGUCCUGAGGUUGUGAAUUUUGAAACAUACUCUUUUAACUUCAUAUUUUUAAACCUUAAAUCUGUAUAAAUUUCCUUUCAGGGGCAACCUAACUUGAACUCAUCAGAUCUGGCUUAGGCGUGGGGUUUGGGAGAGAGACAGUGAGUUCCGCAUCUGGGAAUCCCAGGUCGGGGGUGGUGGGCCUCUGAGGGUUUGGCACAGAAAAGAAAGACACGUUGAGCUGCUGGGAGACAUAGUGGCUGAAUGGGACAAUUGUUCUGGCAAGAGCUAUGUUGAGCUGAGAACUGAGAAAAAGGUGGUCUGUAGCUCUGGGGUAUACACAAGCCACCCAGUCCGGUCAGAAGAAGCCAUCUGUAAACGGACUUUUGGCUACUUUUCAGGUUCCUUUUUCUUUUGCCCUUCUCCACCCCUCUUCUUCCACCCUUUCAACCCCCUAACGCUAGGUAGGAGGGAACAAAAGGAUUGAGGGGGAAGAGAGGAACUACGAACCAUUAGCCUACUUCCUGCUGACUAAGAGGUGUUGAGUUCCUUGGGGCAAGUUUGAUCUUUGGUGUCAGGAUAUUGGAUUUCUUUUUUUCUGUCUCUUCACACAGGACUACUUGACAAAGCACAGCCCAACAGCACCCAGUUGCCAACCUGUCCUUUCCAUCGGGGCUCGAGCAUUUAUAUAUCCUCUGAAAAGUCCCCAGAGUUCCAAAAUGGCAUACAAUUGCAACAACUCUGUACAGCUGGCAAGACCACGCUCUUGCUAGAGCACGAGGCAAAUCACAGUCACCUGCGGGAAAGCAGCCCCACGUCCCCGCACCAGGGAUUAAAACAAAAACACAUUCCCAUAAUAUUUCUGCGCUUUAAAAAAAAGGGGGGGGGGGAAUUGGGGAUUUAGGUCAGUGGUAGAGAGCUUGCCUAGCAAGCACAAGGCCCUGGGUUCGGUCCUCAGCUCCGACAAAAAAAAAAAAAAAAAAAAAAAAAAGAAAAGAAAAGAAAGAAACCAAAAUUCUCAUUACAUCCACCCAGUUCUCACCUGAUAUAGCGAUCAGGGCUCAGAAAUGGGACUGGACACCUGAAUUAGGAUGACUGUGGGCCAUAUCUGCACGGAAUCAGGUGCAGAAUCUUUCUCAGACCCGAGUAGGCACUCAGACCCAGGCUUCACGGGAGUGGAGGCGAAUGGAUCCGUGAGAGGAUCCACCGGACAGCGUGGUGGCUUCCUCUUCACUGAGGCUUCUCGCGGAAAACCGGUCAGCAUUACACUGAUGCCUUUGCCCAGGUGAACCCUUUGAGGAAGGUGCCGGCUUUGAAGGAUGGGGACUUCGUCUUGGCAGAGAGUGUGGCCAUCUUGCUGUAUUUGAGUAGAAAGUACAAGGCACCUGACCACUGGUACCCUCAGGACCUACAGACCCGAGCUCGUGUGGAUGAGUACCUGGCUUGGCAGCACACAGCCCUGCGGAGCUGUUGCAGCAGGGCCAUGUGGCAGAAGAUGAUGUUCCCUGUGUUCCUGGGACAGCCGGUUCCUCCUGAGAGGUUGGCAUCCACCUUGGCCGAACUGGAUGGAUGCCUGCAGAUGCUGGAGGACAAGUUCCUGCAGAACAAGGCCUUCCUAACAGGACCCCAUAUCUCCGUGGCUGACUUGGUGGCCAUCACAGAACUGAUGCAUCCUGUCAGUGCUGGCUGCAAAAUCUUCGAGAGCCGACCCAAACUGGCUGCGUGGCGUCAGCGGGUGGAAGCCGCAGUGGGGGAGAGCCUCUUCCAGGAGGCCCAUGAAGUCGUCCUGAAGGCCAAAGAUAUGCCUCCCUUGAUGGACCCGACCUUGAAGGAGAAACUGAAGCUCUCUGUUCAAUGCCUGCUGCACUGAGGGAACAGCCUGAAGUCAAGGGAAACUUGGUGUGUGCGUGUGUGUGUGUGUGUACACGCAAGUGAAGAGGUGAGGCUGUGUCUUUGGCAGUCACUAGGACACAGAGUCUCUGGUCCAGUUUCCUCUCGGCAUCCCCGGUGCUUCCUCUGUGUCCCCACUCGGUUUGUGCUGUGACGUCAGCUCUUAUCUGACUUCUGGAGAGAGCUGCAGGAAAAUACUUGGGAGAAACUUACCUGGCCAUAUUCCUUUUCUUUGAAACUUUACAAAGCAACCUUUCCCCAACCUCCAAGUCAUACCUUUCUGGUUCCCUGGUUCCUUUUCUGACCUCACACUGACCCCCGUGCCCUUCGUAUAUGUAUGUGCACACACAUACAUACACACCCACACCCACACACACACACACACACACAAUUUGAUAUCUGGCACCACGUGGACCUCUGUGCUCCUCAACCCCAGCGCCUCCCUUCCUUAGUUUUGACAGGGAGACUCUAUGAUUUUUGAGUUGAAUACAUAUCAGAGAUGGGGAUUGACUGACUAGUGAAAGGCCUUUGUCCUCAGGGUCUUCGCUCCCUGGUAUAGGUGGGGUGCAGGGCUGGUUCGUGACUGCCCUUGCAGGAGUGGAAGUUUCCUGAUGUUCUGACUUUCCAAAUUCUUGCUCUAAGCCUUCUAACUCUGACUGUUGCCUUCUGCCUGUCUCCAGCUCCAAACUGUCACAGGAUGUCUGGUGCCAUUGGACAUCUCUUAUGCGCCUUACCUAAUAAAGACAUCAUUAACAGCA